UACUCUUAUGACAUCUGCCAUGCAGGUGCAUCGUUGGUGAAACCCCUGCCUAUAAACCUAACUGAUCAAAGUGUCACUGGUCCUGACCUCUUCUCUAAACUUGUACCCAUGGCAACUCAUGAGGCCUCAUCCCUUUAUAGUGAGGAGAAGGCAAAGUUACUUAGGGACAGUGUGGCUAAAAUAGAGGAUAAAAACCAAAUCCUUGAGAAAUUUAUGGAGUCUCUAAGCAGUGACUCUGUGUAUAAAAUAGACAUGUUUAAAUCUCUGCCUGACGCUCUGUUGGAAAAAUGUGCAUUUCUCAGUGUACGACCAGACACUGUCAAGAACCUCGUUCGGGCCAUGCAAGCACGUAACCGACGAAGUAGUCGUAGUCGUAGACGUAGUCCACGACGAAAGACCAGCUUUCCAUUUCAUGACCGCAUCUGGAAUUAA